CGCAAACCCUGUAGACACUGCACGAGCGACCAGGUUACGAUGGCGGGUGGCGACGACGGCCAAGCAGAGGAACAGGACCACCUGACCUUGAAGGUGAGGCAUCCAGACGUGGACAGAAGGAAGGCCAGGCGUUCACGGUGUGCAGGUGAAGAGUGUGGAUGGCGGACGGGACGACUCCUUUUACAAAAUCAGGUAUGUUAUAUAAGAGAUCUCUCUCAUCGGGGGAGGGCAGAGCCGCGAGAUCUCCCGCGUGUGUCGAAUCUCUUUAUCCCAGGAGAACGGCUCCCCUUGCGAGGCUCAUGGGUGCGUACGAAAAGCAACACGGACUGAACCCGGCCUCCAUCAGGUGUGUAUGCUGAAACAAACAGCCCUUCAGUACCCUUCAGCCAGCCGCAAUUGAAUUGCGGAUCGUGUGUGUUUGCGUGAUGCUUGCCAGGUACCUGUUUGACGGCGAGCACAUCCGCUCGGACAGCACCCCCGCUGACAUGGGGAUGGAGCAUGGAGACGUCAUUGACGCUUUCGACGCCGUGCCAUGGCCCGCCCGGGGUGGGGUGGGUGCACACACAAACACACGGACCAAUAGUGAUUGAUUGGUGGGCCGGGUGGGUUACAGGCGAAGGGGAGGCACCAGCGGCACCAGGAAACAAAAAGAGGAACAACAAGAGGGCCAAGGUGAGCGGGCAGCAGCCGUCAUCACAUCACGCGCCUGCUCAUGCACAUUCUGUGUGUAGAAACUGUUCCAGCAGGAGGGCGGCGGCGAGGGGGAGGGGGAGAUGGAGGCGAUUGUCAAGGACAGCAGAGUGGAGCAGGUCGAGCCAGCGCAGGCAGCAGCUGCGUUCAAGGCCGCCACAGAGAAGGUCAGUCUCUCACCCUCCUUCUUUUCAUCCAUUCAUCCAUCCAUGCUUCUGUCUGCCCAUGCGUCCAUGGUUCAUCGCUGUGUUCCUGCAGAUGCGUAUUCAGUACGUGUUGAGUCACAUAGUGGAGCCUCCUCUGACAGAGAGCAACGAGGACCUGGCUGGGGAGGGCCGCAUACCACGCGAGAUGCUUGAGGACUUCUUCUCAAAAAUUUUGGAGGCCAUCGUCUGCACGGUAUGCAUGUCAUCGAUACUGCGGAGGAUGGAUCGAUAGAGAUAUAGUGUGUUGUGUGUGUUAUGUGGUGUGUGAGCAGGACGAGUACGCAGCCAAGGUGAUGGAGUGCGUCUCGUAUGAGGUGCCGCCACUGGACAGCGGCCGCCCGCCCAUCUGGAAGGCGGAGGUGCCAUGCGGCAGACAGCUGGUCGGCAAACAGCUUCAGCCCACACUCACGUCCAAAUCGGUAGGUUGACAUGCCUACACCGACCCACCCAUCCACCCCCCUCUGCAUCCGACCCGGGGCAAUGUCGUCUGUCUGUUGUCUGCGUCAUUCGUAAAGAUCCAUGUGGAGGUAGAGCGGUGUCCCUUUGUAGCGCAUGGGGAAGUGCCAGUGUACGACAAAGGGGCGGUCAAGCGGGCGCUGGCCGCACUUCUGAUGGAGCAACACGAUGCCGUCGGUUCGUGAGCAACACACACGCCGUGCCCUCUGAUGGACUGACUGAGCUAAAUGCGUUGUGCUUUGCAUCCUUAUGGGUACAGUUGAGGCUAGUGACAGCCUGCCGGCUUGUGCCGAGGUGAGCACCCGUGCCGACCAAUGGUAUCCAAGAGCUCUCGGUGUCGCGUCGAUACGUGUGAUCUUCGUCAGGCCCAGCCUUCCGAGCCCAGCACACACGACGAUGGCACUGGCGAGUGAGUGCUGUAUGCUGUCCCUCAACCUCCUCUUUUGAUGUGUGUGUGGUGUGGCCGGCCAGGGAGGCUCGGAGGCUGCGUGAGGUCAACAAGCAGGUGAUGCAGAAACUGCAGCGCGCGUGUGAGGAGAACAAGGUGCUCAAGGAUCAGUUGGCCUUUUCAGAGAAACUGUUCCGGUAAGCAGUGUGUGGGGAUGAUACACAUACAUAGUGCGGCCGGCCCAUUCACCCAUGGAUGGUCCGUGUGUAACUGUCUGUUGGAGGUCAGGGAUGAUCAAGACGAGACAGACAGGCUGGCGUAAUUACACUGCACCAUUCAUUCUGUCACAUUGAUCUACGUCUUGCUCUCAUGCUGUCAGAAGGGAGCUCACCAAGCGGUCUAACGAAAUCACCAAGCACAAGAACGAAAUCGCCAAGCAGGAGGACAGGUAACGGGUGGAUGCACACACAAGACAGACAGACAGACAGACAGGCAGCUGGCUGUAUUCACGGGCGGGCGUGUGUGUAUGGUUGCAGGCUGAAGCAGAGUGAGAAGGCCCGCAAGCAGCUCGAGGCGGCCAACCGCGACAAGGACAAAGACAUCAAAAGGUAGGGCCUCGAGUGGAUGCACGGCGCCCAUUGCCUCAACCCCGUUCCCCUUUGGUAUGUAUGCCGUCUGUCCUGCCCUGUCCUGUCAGCAAGGAAGAGCACCAUCGCCGGCAGCUACACGAAGAGCGCCAACGUAGCGAAACGUAUGUCAACAGCCAGGCAGGCAGGCAGGCAGGCAGCAUGAGCAUGACGGGCGCUGUUCUUCUUGUUUGGGCCUGCAUGGAGAUAGCCAAGUCCGAAUGGCAGCACCACAAGCCCACAGGCAGGCCGAUCGUUGUCUUGUGCAUGUCAGGUUGCGAGACUCUAUGGGGCCACUCGAGGCGGAGCUGAUUAGCCUGCGAGAGAGUGAUAGCGGCCACGUCAAGGAGAAGACAUCACUCCAAGAGACUAUCGCCAAGUGCGUAUGGGUGUCGGCAAUAGCCUCAGGCUCACUCCUGGCUCAUGCAUGUUGGUGUCAGGCUGGAGGCGAGCAAGCAGUCGCUCGAGACGAAACUCACACACCUCCGCAGCCACCAGAUAGACAAGUGAGCACCUACCUAGGUACAUGGCCAUCCAUCAAUUCAUCUUAGCGCACACCUUUUCUCCCUUUGCUAUUUCCAUCAGUUUGAGGGCGUUGCUGACGUCGUCUGAGACCGAGCAGGAGCUCUCCCACGUCGUCAAGACCCUCAAGGACAAGCAGGCGGCCAUGAUCGACGACGAGCUGCCGCAGGUACACCGCCUCAUCAGGGAGGCCGAGAGCCGACUGGAGGCCGCACACAAGAGGGCCAUGGAGCAGCGUGAGGCCGACCGCCAGGCUGCCGUAGAGCUACAGCUGCAGCAGGCGGCACGUGAGGCGCGGGAGACCAUCCAGAAGGCCAGGGAGGAGGGGCGGGAGGACGUCCUUAACUGCGCCAUCUGCAACGAUGAGGAGAAACGCAUCAUGAUUAGACCAUGCGUAAGCACACAGUACUUACCACAUCAUGCCCGCACAUAAGACGACACGCAUACCUGCCGUCGAUCCCUUUCCUCUGUGUGUGUGUGGCGUGGCAUCAGGGCCAUCUGUGUAUGUGCAGAGGGUGCUACAACGACCUUAUGGGAAAGCCUCUAGCAGACCGCCUCUGCCCCGUGUGUAGACAGAACGUCGGGGGCCACGUCAAUGUGUUUUUGCAGUGAGGCAGGCGGGCCAUCUAGUACAGUGCCAUCGACUGAGGGGAGGGGUGAUGUGCGUCUUGAUAGUGAGGGCAUGAAGGAGGGAUGAUGGCUGCCUGGCUGGCCCUCGACGUAAGUAAGUGGCUUCGUGUAUAUAUAUGUGUGUGGACCGGACCUUUUGUUGAUCGUGGCGUGGUGUGUUUCUCUCUUGUGCGUGCGUGGAUGCCAGCCUGCUGUGUACAUAACAUACACACGCUGAAUGCGGGGGGGAUGGGCGGUGCGGUGCAUCGAUGCAUAGAUCAGUGCAUGAAAGAGGCGGUGGCUCUUAUUUGGUGACUGACUUUAUUUACGAUGCAUAUCGAUCUGCGUGUGUGUAUGCCUUGCUCCUGUCUGUGAG